CAAAGUAGGCGAGGCCUACGGAAGCUGGGGCUUCUUGCUGUGAGGUCCGGUUACUUAGUGUUGUGGAGGGUCCUUGAGGCAGGAGUGAAAAUUGGGUCUGGGGAUUAGUCCUGGGGUGGAGGUCUGGGCACGCCAGGUGGGACCCCCUCCAUCUUCGGUUUUGCACACCCAGCUUUCCAGGGGUGAGUUGCGGCGGGUCGGGCGUCGUCGCGUGCGUGACGUCAUCCAUCGGCGCCGCGCGAGGCUCCAGUGGCCUUGACCUCCCGCGGCGUGGGAGGCUGCGAGGCGAUGCUGCAGUUGGUCCGGGCCGGGGCGCGCUUCUGGCUUCGGCCUGCGGGCUGCCAGGGCCUGAGUUCGCUGGCGGAAGAGGCAGCGCGUCCGACCGAGAACCCGGAGCAGGUGGCGGUGGCGAGCGAGGGUCUCCCGGAGCCCGUGCUGCGCAAAGUCGAGCUCCCGGUACCCGCUCAUCGACGCCCGGUGCAGGCCUGGGUCGAGUCCCUGCGAGGAUUCGAGCAGGAGCGCGUGGGCCUGGCCGACCUGCACCCCGAUGUUUUCGCCACCGCGCCCAGGAAACACCACUCCCUAGAGCUGCCCACCGGAGACCCACAGUACCUGACGGAGCUGGCGCGCUACCGCCGCUGGGGGGACUCCGUGCUCCUCGUGGACUUGACAUACGAGGAGAUGCCACAGAGCAUCGUGGAGGCCACCUCUAGGCUCAAGACCUUCAACCUGAUCCCCGCUGUUGGCCUAAAUGUGCACAGCAUGCUCAAGCACCAGACGCUGGUCCUGACGCUGCCCACCAUCGCCUUCCUGGAGGACAAGCUGCUCUGGCAGGACUCGCGUUACAAACCCCUCUACCCCUUCAACCUGCCCUACAGCAACUUCCCCUGACCCCCGCGCCACGCUACCCAGGGCCCGGUGGCCACCCCGUACCACUCGUGAUGUGAAGCACCUCUUCUGAGCCAGGCAGAGCCCGUGGCUGACUUGGGAGCCUCAGGCCCACGUCCACCCUUCGAGGACAGUGCCACCUGGACCCCCUCAUUCCAGGGAGGAAACUGAGGCCACAGGGAGUGGCCAUCGCCACUGGGAAGGGGCGACUCCACAGAGAGCCCAGGCGGGCUCCUGCAUCCAUUCUCUCUUUGUUUUUAAAAUAAAUUGUAUUUUUGAAUCAAGGAGGAUAAA